AUGGAUACUGAAUGUAUAACUGUAACAAGUUACGUACUGGAUCAAAGAAAAAAAUAUCCCGGUGCUACUGGUGAUCUAACCAUUUUACUCAAUGCAUUAUUAACAGCUGUUAAAGCUUGUGCAGCUGCUGUACAAAAAGCUGGAAUUGCAAAAUUAUAUGGUUUAGCAGG